CUUGCUUGUCGAUUUUCGAUACACGAUUGCCGACAUGAUGUCGGAACUGACAUUAAAAGUGUUUGUAGACAAUCAUUCUUAUCAAGUGGAGUUGGAGAAUGAAGAAAACACAGCCGGUUAUGACGGAAAUGACUAUUACAUCGAGUCGGACGAGGAGUGCGGGCCGGGCCGGGUGCGUCGCGCAGGCGUGGUCCAGUCGGGCGCGCGACCCCGCAGCCGUCGGCCGCGUGCCAUGGACGAGGGUCGAGUCAGAGACCGAGCGCCGCUCACGGUCAUAGUGGCUCCCAGUACCGCCUCGCCACCGAGACUGUCUCCCGCCGACCUCCUGCCCGAUGGAGAUGCAGCCUUCCAUCCUCUCUCCGCCGUCAACGGCCGCCUCACGCCGCCCGGCCUCGAGCCUGCUUCGUACGCGACCCUCACGCCGCUUCUACCCUUGCCGCCCAUCAGCACCGUCUCCGAUAAGUUCGCAUACCACGCUGGCGGCACCUUCACGGUCAUCCAGCAGCAGCCUUCGUAUGCGUCGCUGUCUCCGGCGGCCUACAAUGAGCCCCUGUCGCCACAGUCGGCGUACAGCCGACGGAGCGUGUCCCCCAGCUCGUUCGAGCGACGGUCGCCGACGCCGCCGCUGCCGAGUCCGGGGCUCGACCUCAACGCUGCGCUGAUGGCGCGAGAGGAUCAACAACAACAGCACCAGCAGCAAGUUAUUCAGAAUGACACUGAAGAGAUAAACACUAAAGAGUUGGCGCAGAGGAUAAGCGGAGAAUUGAAGCGGUACUCGAUCCCCCAGGCGAUUUUUGCGCAGAGGGUGCUGUGUCGGUCGCAGGGCACUCUUAGUGACCUCCUGCGGAAUCCCAAGCCCUGGUCCAAGCUCAAGUCGGGUCGGGAGACCUUUAGGCGGAUGUGGAAGUGGCUGCAGGAGCCAGAGUUCCAGAGGAUGUCCGCGCUCAGGCUAGCAGCGGCCCAGAUUCCACAGAGAGGCAGCUGCAAGCGCAAGGAGGACAUGGGCUCGGAUACCCUGCCUUCCCCGAAGAAGCCGCGUUUGGUUUUCACCGACCUCCAGCGGCGUACUCUACAAGCUAUUUUUAAGGAAACAAAAAGACCAUCAAAAGAAAUGCAAGUAACGAUAGCGCGACAACUAGGACUAGAGCCGACGACGGUCGGGAACUUUUUUAUGAACGCCAGGAGGCGGUCUAUGGACAAGUGGAAGGACGACGAUGCGCCGUCCACGGAGCUGGACCAGCAGUGCGAGAGCCAGGACAUGGAUCAGGUCCCGAGCUUGGACUCGGCGGACUCGGAGGAGGACGGCUGCGAGGAUCACGACGACCAUCUCUUGUGACGCCCUCUCUCGCACCAGCAGCUGUUAGUGCUGUAGAGUUGCUGGUAUCGGAUGUUGAGCCCCUCGAGCGCUUGGACUCUUGACGUCACGGAGGUUCUGUUAAUGUUCUGUUGACUGGUGUCAGUUCUUACUGUACUGGUUUAUGUGAUUUUAAACUAUCGUUAUUCAAAAACGCGUAUUUCAAAAGAAACGGGAUUUAAUCGCGCGAACCAGACGCUUGCCAUGUACGUUGGACUCUCGAAGUAAGGACGCGACCGACCGCUGCACUGUACCAAGGCGAAAAUACACAGUUCACAUCCGGAAGCAGCAGCAGUGAAGAUGCUCCCCACAUGUACUGUCAUAGUCAUUAACUAGUCAUUACGUUAAGAGAAAAAUACUUAAGUUAUUUUCAAUAAUUUUUUGUUUCAAUCUUUUUGAACGUUAUGAAAAAUAAUCAUAAUAUGAGAACAGAAAAAUUGUGAUUAUAAAGACAUUCCAUAUCUUCGACAGUUCGAAGUGACGGCGUCAGGCUGAAAGUAAGAUGUGAAUUGACGUCUGAAUUUACGUCUGACUUGAAGUCUGAGCAAUAUAUACAAUAGCAACGAGCUUGGAGUCACAUUAGAUUCACCGCGCACUGGGUAGAUAGAGAGGGUACAUGAGGUGGUGGAUCGAUCCUAAGUGUUCAUGAAUAACGCCUCAAUAACGGUUCAGUCAGUGGCCAGAACAAUCGUUGCACUAGCUUUGAAAAGCUCUUUAAGAAAAACAUCUUUAAACUAAGGUUAAAUAACAUUUUAUGAAAUUGAAACAAAAGUAUUUCAACUUUUAGUUAAAGUAUUAGAGAAAGAACUUUGAAAUUCGACCUUCUGCACUUUAUCAUAUCGGUGGUAGUAUUGCAAAUUACUUUAUUGAAUCACUAACUCAUUUAAAAACAGUAUCAGUUUUCUUAACGUUCAUUUUCUUUAAAUACGGCUUUCCGGUGCAGUACCGCCAUUGUGAUUUAAUACUUAGUAUUGAACACAAAUACUUUCCAUCUAUUACUCUAUCCUGUAUAUAUUAUCUCUACCACGUGUGCGGGUUGUGAGUCUAAUGUACCUCUAUCUUGACUGAUAGCUCGGCGCUGUCUCCAUGUUUAGCAAUGGAUCUCUUUAUAUCAAGUUCUAGUCAGAACAAAUAAAUUAGGUUUGAUUUUUAGUAUAUUUUAAAUGUGUUUAUUAUUUAUUAGUGUUCGCGCAUGAUCACUGACAGACGCUUACAUUUACUAGACUUAUUGAAUUAGUGUGGUAAGACUAAAAUAUUUUAUCAUUUUAGAUUUGUUAAAAUGUGUUACCAGACUCUAAUAAUAUUUUUUACAGAACUGUAAUAAUUAGGUUCAUUUUUUGACAGAUUAUUUAUUUUAAAUGUGCAAUAUUGAGUGAUGGAAAUCGUGAAAUAUAGCUAAUUAACAAAGCAGCCAUGUCGUGGUCAAAAUUACGGUUGUUAAAAACAUGUAAGAAUCAUUACGCGAUUGUUACGUAAUGGCCGCAUUUUUUGAAAUAAGUCGCCUUAAGUUCUUGAAGCGUGCGGUGGUGUGGCGCCAAAGACAGUUCAACAGUGUCAGCAUGUCCUGGGUGGUCAGUGACGGCUGACCGCACGCUCGCAACGCGCGUCUUUUGAAUAAUUAGCUUAUUGCUGAAUUAGGCACAGAUAAUUGAAGCAAUGAUAUGUCAUUUACUUGGUUCAAAUUUCGAAAUUUCAAAAAAAUGCGGCUACGCGACAUUAAUAUCUACAUACAUAUAUGUAUUAUACCGUCGAAGCCUUUUCAAAAGCGUCUGUAAGCUCAAGUGACUAGAUAUAAUUAAAAGCUACGUAGGAAUUAUGUUUUAAACUUUAUAGAGAUAAUGUCCGAUAAAAUCGGGCCUUGAGUCUUUAGGAAUUCUGGUUUAUCUGAGUAUUGAGACGUUUUCUGGAAUAUGUGAGCUUUUUAUUAUUUUAGAUGGUCAGAAUAUCUCACGGCCUCCCUGAUGCUUAGAAGUUGUGAGAGCGCAACAAUGUCACAGUGACCACCACGCAGUUAAUUUUGAGACAUGCAGGCGAAAUCUUGAUUUAAUUGCAUUAGCGAUUAACAUCAGCGGAGCCGUGAGCCACUCUGAACCGAGGUAAUAGCUAUCCACACAGUAUUGUAUCAUACAGUGGGCACUAUUAUAUUAUUUAGAACAAUUUUUUUAAUUUUAUUAUACAUAUAAUGUACUCUAGUCAAGUGAAUUCUAAACAUUCCCUUUGUUUAUACAAAAAUAUGUAUCAAUUCUUUUACGACAUUACAAACAUGCUGUAACUAAUUCCGGCACAACGCUUUGCCUCUGGAAAACGAAAAAAAAAAUAGACUACAAACAAUAUAUCUUUGUUACUCCACGUUGUAGAUAUCUGUGGGCUCCAGUAAGCACUUAACAUCAGAUGGACUUUGAGCUCGUAUGUAAGCAAUAAAAAAUAAAUAAAUAAACUCUGCAUUUACAUGUUGUGUUGCAGUCCUUUUGAUCAUUUGAAUUGAAUGUGUCAUGAAUGAAAGGGCUGAAGACAAGAAAUGCUUGAAAACCAUGCAUGAUGAUAUAACAUGAUGAUGCAUUAAGGCGUUGUCAGGGGGAUUGGUGAUGUGAUUUGCAUCCGCAUAUUGGCCUUCAUAUGAAGUCGAAAAUUGGACGCUACUGUAUUUGUUUGCGGGACACAUAGGUACGAUUGGAUCUCGUUUUUAAUUUUCAUCGGACCAUUCGUCCAGUUGUUAGAACAAUAUUCGAGACUUCGAAGAUUCUAAAAUAAAUAAAUAAAAGUGGUUAUUCAAUCGAUCAAUUAAUCAAAAUUAUGAACAUUUUGUAAAUGAUAUUAUUUUAUUGAUGUUAAUGAUCAUGACUAGAAUGUAAAGUGGAACAGAAAAGCGCUUUUAAAUGAAAAUUUAAGGAAAGCUUCAUAAUGUGUAUUACAUUAUCAGUUAUAUCAAAACGGUGAAUUUCAUGAGCAAAUGAGUUUUUUCAUUCAGAUGAAGUCUUAUUUUUUUAUUAACUAAAAUAGUUUAUGUUUAUUAGGUUAAAUUAAUGUAUUUCAUGUUUAAUUUAAUAUUUAAAUGGAGGACAUAUUCAAAAUCUGACAUCGUUAAGAGAAAAUCCAAGUAAUCAUUCA